AGCAGCUAAAGCAAGUCCAUUCCCAAAUGCUCCGUACAGGUCUGUUCUUCGACCCUUUUUCAGACGGCAAGCUCAUCACUGCCUCUGCUCUCUCACCCUUCUCUAGCCUCGACUACGCCCGCCAGCUGUUCGAUCAAAUUCCUCAACCAAAUCUUUUUACUUGGAACACUCUCAUUCGUGCUUAUGCAUCCAGCCCUGACCCCACUCAGAGCCUUCUAGUCUUUCUGCAACUGCUUCAUCACUGUGAACAUUUUCCUGACAAAUUCACUUUUCCUUUCGUGAUCAAAGCGGCUUCGGAGCUCAAAGCUUUCCAGGUUGGGAGAGCGUUUCAUGGGAUGGCGAUUAAAGGGUCUCUUAGUUCGGAUGUCUAUAUUCUGAAUUCACUCGUGCAUUUUUAUGGUUCGUGUGGGGAUUUGGAUUUGGCGUAUGCGGUGUUUGUGAAAACUCCGCAAAAAGAUGUGGUUUCUUGGAAUUCUAUGAUCGCUGCUUUUGCACAAGGGGGUUGUCCUGAGGAGGCAUUGGAGUUAUUUAGGGUAAUGGAGAAGGAGAAUGUGAAGCCUAAUGAUGUGACAAUGGUGGGUGUUCUUUCGGCUUGCACAAAGAAGUUAGAUUUGGAGUUUGGGAGGUGGGUGUGUUCCUAUAUUGAAAGGAAUGAGAUUAAUGUGAACUUGACUCUGAGUAAUGCAAUGCUGGAUAUGCAUAUGAAAUGUGGGAGCUUUGAAGAUGCAAAAUGAUUGUUUGAUAAGAUGCAAGACAAGGAUGUUUUCUCUUGGACAACUAUGCUUGAUGGAUAUGCUAAGUUAGGGGAAUAUGAUGAGGCUCAACAUGUUUUUGAUGCAAUGCCUCGUAAAGAUAUAGCUGCAUGGAAUGCACUGAUUUCUGCUUUUG